CUCCAAAGAAGUUUACAAGAACCCGUUAACAGACAAUCAAGAAAGAAAUGAUCGUCAGGAAAGUAGUAAUCGGAUCGAGUUGCAAACUGUUGCUUUUACUUUUCGCUCAUAUAAAUGCAGAGUCAGAUACGUUCUCGAAGUUCUGCCUGAUGCCGUCAUAUUGUGGUAGCGGUACUCUAGAGAAUACUGCAAAGUGUACAGUAGUCUAUCCAAGAGAAAGUAAAGACGCUGGAGAGGCAGAAGACUUUUGUCACUCCGCAUCGCCUUAUACAUUGACUUCCUCUAAAUAUGGAAAGAAUACUACUUGUGUUCACGAAAGAGGCUAUGUUUGUGAAGAUGGAGAGCAAGAACUUUACGAUAACUGCCUGAUAAUGGUGGAACCACGAGGCGAUAAGUUUAGCAAUAAGUUGUGCCCAGAGGGAUACCAGUUACACGUUCUUGGAGGAAGAGAUGAAGCAAAAUGGAUUGCUAUCAUCUUCAGACAGUAUAAAGCUACAUGGAUAGGAAACUCAGGCGACAAUGCUCGUUUUCUUAAGCCAAAACUACAUCCUAACGCUAAAAAGAGAGGUCUUGAGACUACUAAAGGUAAACCUAUUUUUAUACGUUUGGCACAAGGUGCGAGAGAUGGGACUAAACGAGGCUGCGCGUAUUAUGGUACUGAAGAUAUGCAGAUGCCAUAUCUUUGCUCCAGAAAAGCCGAGCCUUACGAGGAAACUCAUCUGAAUUUGACGGAAAUUUUCGUGGAGCUUGGUAUCCCGUUCAUAGUAAUUCCAAACAAGAACGGAAACGAGCGCGUUUACGCGAACUUUGGAUUGCUGUUUGCCGUGGAAGCGGAGCAGUUUGAAGCGAAAAUGAAGAACCUUCAUAUUGCAUGCUAUUUGCUCCCAAAAGGCUUUGUUGCUUCUCAUGAUGAUUUUCUAAACGCUAACGAAUUUACCAGAACGAUGGACAAAUUCAAAGACUUAUCUUUUCGAGUUUCGAAAGGAAGGUCAGCGGCGUUUUCCAUGAAGGCGGAAAAGUGCGAAAAGGAAAAAUUGUUCAUGUCUAAUAGAAAACAUUGGAGCUACUACGACAAGAAAGGAGAUAGAUUUGAGUUUAAACCAGAGCACUGGAAAAACACGUACCCAGACAACAUGUGUGCCGACUUACCGAGAAUAACAGCCUUGAUGUUGAAGACAGGAUAUAUUGAUAUACCAGCAAUGGGACGUCGGCCUGUACUAUGUUCUACAGGUGGUCCAGAAGAACCUAAUAGACCAUUACGCAAAGGAGAAUCAUGCAAUAGGGCUGCUAAAUAUAAUCCAAAAACAAAACAGUGCGAGUGCAACUUUCCUGAAACUGAUGGGAGACUCCAAAACCCAAAAGUUUACGGUAAUUAUCCGCCUGGUAUAAUCUGUUUGAGUUGUAAGGAAAGCAAGGAGAAAAAAUCAAUAGUGUUUGUGUUCGAUAGGUCCGGAACCAUCAAUGUGACAGGAGUUCAUCAGGAACUGCGUUUUAUGAAAGAAGUCGCAAAGAACAUCAAAGGUUCUAGAACUGGUGCAGUAGUUCAAGAUAACAAUCCACGCGUUACCUUAAAUAUGGGCCAGUGGGACACUCAAGCGUUAUUCAAUUUUGUACAAGAGGCUGAAAGAGAACGCUACGAAGUACUCUCUGCUUGGACUGUGAUUGGUCGCGCCAUGUUUUUAGGAAGAAAGAUGUUAGAGGUACAGUAA